UUGAGCAUCACUGCAUUCGUCUUGAAGCUAAAAGCGCGUUGUGUGUUUCAGGGGAAGGUGGAGAUGUCUCUGGAGAUCGUGACGGAGCAGGAGCACGAGGAGCGACCGGCUGGACUCGGCAGGGAUGAACCCAACAUGAACCCUCACCUGGAGGAGCCUCAGCGUCCGGAGACCUCCUUCCUGUGGUUCUCCUCUCCCUACAAGACUCUCAAGUUCAUCCUGUGGAGGCGGUUCAAGUGGUUCAUCAUCCUCUUCAUCAUCCUCUUCCUCAUCUUCCUCUUCCUCGGCGUCUUCCUCUACUCCUUCCCGAACUACGCCGCCAUGAAGAUGGUGGGACCGUUCGGGCCGGCCAAAGCAGCAGAGUGACGAUCAAAGUGACGAGGGAAGUGG